CGCGACACGGGAUGGCGGCACGUACAUAGACGGCCAAGACGCCAGGGGGCGGGUGCUGAAAUAAUGUUGGCCGUCAUCAACCAGGUCCUGUCGCUCAGCGCUGAGCCUCCGCUGCCGGUGCCUCCCGCAUGGACACCACUCCCGCUCGGCCUGCUGGCGCCGCGCGGCUGGGCGCUCGAGCAGCUCCUCCUCCAGGCCAACUCGCUCUCGGGCUACAUGCCUCUCAGCACGUUUCCCGGCGCAGACACAGUCAACCAGUCGGUCUGGGUCGGCGGCACGGCUGCGCCAAAGGGUGGCACCGACCAGUGGCUGCCAUACUGGGCGAACGGCAACGUGCCGCUGCUGAUGCUGCUGCGGGCUGCAGGGCCGGCCGCCGUGGCGCGCCUCGACCCCGCGGCACAGCUCGGUCCCGUCGUUGACCGGAUGAUGCAGUACGUGCUCGGGCACGUGAAUCGGAGCAAGAGCGGCCCUGGCGCCGGCUGGAUCGGACCCUUUCUGAACGAGCCGGGCGACACGAACGGCCACGGCCUGUGGGAUCCGCUGAACAUGUGCCGUGCGCUGCUAAUGUACUCGGAGGGUGAGCCAUCCUCGCGCCCGGCGGUUGCGGCGGCCGUGGUGGCGCACCUGACCGCGGAGGCGAGGCUGCUGGAGUCCGACCCUGUCUACAAGUGGGCAGCGACGCGCUGGCCCACCUUUGUCCAGGUCUGCCUGUACGUGGUGGACCACGUCGUGCCGCAGUUUGCCGGCGCGAGGGCGGUGCUGCCUCUCGGCGCCGCCGGCACGACCAAGCUGCUGAUGGGCGCCUCGCGCCUCUUCCGCGCCAAGGGCAUGGACUGGAGGGGCUACUACAACGGCUCCAGCGCCGUCCGCUUCCCCACCGGCCCCGUCGCCGGCUGGAACACGCACGACCACGGCGUCAACAACGCGGAGGGUGCUCUCGCCUGGCCGGCGAUGGACAGGCGGCUCGGCGCUGCGCAGGGCGAGGCGGACGCGGCGAUGACGCUCGUCCUCUCGCGGCUGGACGAGUACCAGGGCCAGCCCAACGCCCUCUUCUGCGCCGACGAGGUGUUCUGCGGCCGCGCGCCCCACCGCGGAACAGAGACGUGCGCUGUAGUCGAGGCGAUGGCGUCGCUCGAGCAGGCCUUCUCUGUGCUCGGCGACCCGUCGCUCGUUGACCGGCUCGAGGCCCUCGCCUUCAACGCGCUGCCCGCCGCGCUGACGGACGACAUGUGGACGCACGUCUAUGUGCAGCAAGCCAACUCCGUGUUUGCCGGCGACACGCACCCGCCGCUGUCGGAAGAGCAGGACCCGUCGCGCCGCCGCCACUCGUUGCACUACCGCCACGUCGAAGGGGGCUGCACCGCAGGCUCCGCAGAUGGGCCCGCGGGAGGCUGCCGCGCGCAUCGCCACUCGCUGCACGACGUCCCCUCCGGCGAGGACCAGACGGCCAACUUUUACGGCGUGUCGCACUUCCCGUGCUGCAUUACAAACUUCCCGCAGGGCUGGCCAAAGUUUGUCGCCUCCGCCGUCCUCACCCACGGCAACGCGUUCGCCGUCGCGUCGUUUCUCCCGCUCAACGCGACGCUGCCGGAUGCCGUCGGCGGCGGCGCCACGCUCCUCAUCGAAACCUCGUACCCCUUCGCCGGCGAGGCGGUCCUCACUGUCUCCGUCCCGCAGGGCCACUCCACCACCGCCUACCUCCGGAUCCCGGGCUGGGCGGCAGGGGCGAGCGUCAACGGGCAGCGGGCGGCCAACGGCACGGUGCACGCGGUCCCGCUCGGCAGCGGCCUCGCGACCCUCCGCGUGCGGCUACCGCAGCCGAUUCGCGUCGAGCGCGGCUGGGGCGUGCUCGGCAACGUUUCCUCGCCGCCGGCGGACGCGGCGGUCGUCCGGCGCGGGCCGCUGCUCUUCUCUCUGCGGCCGGCGGAGCAGCGGCGGGUGGUGCGAGACUACCGGCGCCUCCUGCCGUACCGGCCGCUCGCCGUCGACUACGAGAUCAGCACGCGGGAGGCGUGGUCUUUCGCGCUCGACCUCUCGGACCUCGGCGCGCUGCGCUUCGAGCCGCUCGCGUCUCCGGGGUGGGCCGAGUCGCUCCCCUUCUCGACGUCGGAGUACCCCUUCUCCGUGCGCGUGCCGGCGCGGCUCCUCAGCAACGCCACCUGGGGCUACUGGCGCGGCACCAACAUCACCGCGCAGCCCCCCGCCUCUCCGAUCGACUGCGACGCUCUGCCGAGCGGGGCGUGUGGCCCGCUCGAGCAAAUCCGGCUGGUGCCGUUUGGCUCCACCAACCUGCGCAUCGCAGUGUUUCCGUGGUCGCACUGAGACCUACCGUAUGCACGUGGCGCAUGUAUACGUCUCCUCCUGCACGCUGCAGGCUUCUCUAUCCCACUGGAACUGGCCCCCACUUUCCAGACUCUCGCCACGUGUAUUCCGUUUUAUCCCUGCGGUGCUCCGCGGUCGCCGCCUGCGGCAUCAUCGCCGCCCAGGCGUCGCUAGCAGGGGCGUUGUGAUGUAAGGUAAAAGGUAAGGUAAACUU